GGCUGCCUUCCCCACUUAGCCUCUUCCCCCCCUUGCCGCUCCCGCUCCCCUUUUUCUUUGUUAGGCGGCGCGCCGUUUCUCCCCUUCGCCGGCGCCCGCCUCUGGCCGCCCAGCCCCCUUUCUGCCCGGGUGGGGAGUGGCGCUCCCCUCCCACACCCGACGACACGACACGGAACUCUGAACCACCUUUCCGGGGUGGCGGCGGGAAGGAGGGAGGUAGGGACGGGGAGAAGAGAGAGAGAGUUGCCAAUGUCCGGCAUAACUUUUCCCUCUUAUCUCUUGCCUCCGCUCCCUUCUCUUCCGGGGCUGAGUUGCGGGACUGAGGAAUAUCAUACUAAGCCAGCAAACGAACACGCGCACAAACAAGCGCACGAAUUGCAACCCAGUUUUACACCUCGUUCUUUCGGCCGGCCAGUUCUCUCGUGAGAGGUUUCCCAGCCGCCGCGCUGCCUUAUAUGUGUGUGUGUUUUCCCCCCCGUCCCCUGAUUUUUUGGGCUGCUGUUUGCAAGCCCCAAGCGGCAUCUAGAGGAGGAGGAGGAGGAGGGGAGGGCGGAGCCAGGAUGAGUAAGGGGUCUUUCGCCACCCCCGUCCCCUCCCCUCCCCUCGGGGACCAGGGCUCGAGGCUGCGGCGGGGGAUGUGGUUCCUAGGUCAGCGGGACGCGGCCGCCGCCUCCGACGACUAGGCAGGAGCGAGCGAGGGCAGCAGUUUCGGCGCCCAGCGAUGGAGAACGUCGAGCUCCGAGGCGGCCAGGAGAGAUUUCCGGCCAAAGAUUCGAGGCUGGAUCCGGCCUUUUUGGACCAGGGGCACCCCCGGCCCCCGCAGCUGCUGGCGGGAGGGGAGCCGAGAGGAGCGGACCCGUACAAACGGGUGGAAGUGCAGUUGACUGGCGGCGCUCCCUGGGGUUUCACGUUGAAAGGAGGAAGGGAACACGGGGAGCCUCUCAUCAUCACGAAGAUUGAAGAAGGCAGCAAAGCUGCAGUGGUUGACAAGCUACUGGCUGGAGAUGAAAUUAUCGCCAUCAAUGAUGUCAACCUCUCUGGAUUCCGGCAAGAGGCUAUCUGCCUGGUAAAAGGUUCGCACAAGACACUAAAGCUUGUUGUGAAAAGAAAAAACGACCUGGCCUGCAGGCCUCACUCCUGGCAUGCAACCAAAUUCACUGAGAGCCAGUCCGAGACAGCCACGCCACGGCUCUCUUCCACCAAUGUUUGUGCUUCAUGGCACUCUCAAUAUCAUGCAAGCUCUUCUUCCCAUGAUCUCUCCAGCUCAUGGGAUCAGUCAAAUCUGUACCGUACUUCAGACCAGUUCAGUUCUGUUGGAAGCAUGGACAGCUGGGAUCACAUCCCACAAGCAUGUCAGUAUGGGCAGAUUUCCUCUGCAAAGUCCAACAGCAGCAUUGACCACCUGGGAAAUCCCAAUAAAAGGGAUUCUGCCUAUGGCUCUUUCUCUACCAGCUCUAGUACACCAGACCACACACUUUCCAGUGUAGAUGCUGCCUCAACUGAGAAUGUGGUGUACAAAGUGGGUCACUGGGAAACCCCAAAACAGGGGAACAGCAAGGGGCCCUCAUUUCUAAGUGAUAAUGGAAGACUGGAAGAGAAAGCUAGCUGCCUUCCACCUCCACUACAAUAUGAAAAUAAUAGGACCCCCCGACUGGAAGAUCAUUCUGAUUCAAUGUAUUCUGGAUCUGGAAGAUCAAAUUUUGUGCCUGUGUGGUAUAUCCCAGAGAAGAAAAAGUCACCUUCUCCUCCCCCUCCUCCCCCUCCCCUCCGUAGUGAUAGCUUUGCUGCUACCAAAGGUCAUGAGAGAGCUCAUGCUCCUCUGUAUUCAGAGGGAGUUCAAAACACCCAGCACUUUGAAGUUCCACCCAGACCACAAGCCAGGAAUGACUGGGCUGUUGAAACUGCAGAACAACAAAAGCAAGUUGCUAAGACAGUUGAGAGGGUCUCUGAUGGAAGGCAGGGUGGCAAUCCAGCAUAUAGACUGGAUGGCAACAUGGACUACAGUUUGACCUCUGCGUGUGACAGGGUCAACAAUAAUAUGGGAAAUAUCAACAGGCUUCAUUCAUCUCUAUCCAGUACUGACAUUCGAUUUGCACAAUCUGCUUAUGGGCAACAUCAUCAUCAGCGCCAGUAUAGCGAUGAAAGCACUUUCUUUCAUAAUGCAAAAGUCUCUGCAUCUGCUAAAGAGCAACGACACCUAUCUGCUUAUGCUGGCAUUCAGAAGAAGUCUACUGACAAACACAGCUGCCAUCCAAACCAAGUCAGGACACCCGAUAAUGUAGCUAUUGCUUCUGUUGACACAAAUUCUGAGGGAAGAAUGGACAAUGCCGGGCUAAGUCACUACUACUGUGUGACAGUGAAACAGCCUGCUCAGGGAAGCUUAAGACCGCUGUCACUCAAGGAUGCAUCCUGGAAUCCUGAACCACAUGAGAGUCCUGCCGUAGCCACAAUGAGCCAAAGUUCCAAAUACUACCUACCUCAGCGGCCUGUUGAGUCUUCUCUGGAUGCUUCUGAAAAGAGAGGUCAUUACAUCAUGAAUAAAGGAGAGGAUGUUAGGACUCUCGUAAUGGAAGAUUCUAGAAAGGUAAGUUACCCUGAAAAACAAGGACAGAGCAAGAGCUUUGAGGAGAGUCACAGUAGUUACCGUGAGGCUGAGUAUGGGCAGGAGUGUGUCCCAGUGUCUGCCAGUAAAGCUUCCCUGAAAGAUUUUAAGUGGAGUCAAGAAGAAAGCUACAAAAUUUCACCUCAGAAGACUCCAAUGCUGCACUCUUUAGCUCAGGAAGGGAAAAGCCAGGCUGCUGUUGCCACAGAAAUGGGAAUUAAUAAGCAGCCUGGGUUUGACGCUCAUUUGAGCAAAAAUGCCCGAAGGAGCGAUCGUUUUGCAACCACACUGAGAAAUGAGAUCCAAAUGAAAAGAGCAAAACUUCAGAAAAGCAAGAGCACAGCUGCCUUAACAGGCUCAAACGAGACGGAAGAAUAUGCUGAGAACUGGAAACCUGAUUCUGCAGAAAGUUGCUCAUCAGAAGGUUCUUUUACUAAUGUAUACAAAGAUAAUUUGAAAGAAGCCCAAGCCAGAGUGUUAAAGGCCACCUCUUUCCAACGCCGAGACUUGGAACGCAGUUCUGCAGAUGGUAAUCCAGAUGGGAAGGCAAAUAAUUGCAACUCUCCUGCACUGACUUUUAAUCCAGACAACAAGGAGUCAGGCCUCCUUGAGGCUAGGCAGUCUUCUAAACCGAAUUCAUCUGGAAACAAUGCUCACCAUGUUCCUCGGAUCGGAGCCAGAAAGAGGUUCUCAGCACAACAAAAACUGAAAUCUUAUUCUGAGCCUGAGAAGAUAAAUGAAGUGGGCAGAUCAGAAGAUGACUACCGCCCACGUGGUCGCCCAACCAUUUCUGAGGAAGCUUUGGGCUCUUUUGCAGACAGGUGGAAGUUCUUUGAAGAAACUAGUAAGCCGGCCUAUCAAAAAUCUUCACAGAGACAUGUACCUUGCAGUCAGCUGGAAACACAGCCACCUAAUGCGCUUAGAAAUUCUCAAGAAGUUGAAUCUGAAAGUCCGUGGUGUGAAAGGAGAAUGCGGUCAGCUUCCUUUGGCGUUGAGAAUAUUCUUCGUACUCACAAUAGACCCAAAGAAACUAUCCAUUACAGUGGCUUCCCAACAAAAUCUGGACAACGGCAGAGAUUAGAAACGUUUGCAGAAUAUCAAGCAUCUUGGAAAGAGCAGAAAAAGCCUUUAGAGACCCGGAGUUCUGGAAGGUACCAUUCAGCUGACAAUAUCCUUGAUGCUGGCCAUGAACAACUUGAGAAAUCUCCAUAUACACAUGAACGAUCCAGGUCAUCCCCUUCUACUGACCUCUACAAAAAGGAAGAAUUGACUGAAGGAAGAAGACAAACUGAAAAUUCAAGGGAGAAUGAAGAACGUAUUUCCUCUGCAUUGAGAACUGAGGAAAGGAACUACAAUUUGAGGCCAGGUGAUAUACAAUAUCCAGAAGGACAUCCUGGAGAUCCCACAGCUUACCAAGGUUACGGUUUAGGAAACAAAUGGAAGGCCUCUGCUAGGCCUGCAGCUGCAGGGCAAACCACAGCUGCAUCUCCAGGGAGCCGAGGAAGAUCUGGGACAUUUCCCAGUGACUACAUGUAUUUGCAGGAAGAUGUAAAUGAAAAAAACAACGAUUACGGUGUGUUGCCGCUUGCAAUUUCUGAGCUACAUGUAUCAGAUGAGAACCACUUCUAUCCAACACAAGGCAAAGGAGAAGAAAGCCAGCAAGGAGAUCCAGAGCUGCUAAAUGGGAAGCAUGGCCUUGUGCCUCAAAGGCUUCCUCCUCCUCCCAAACGAGAGAGUAACUACAGGCGACAGGAAAAUUCUUCGGCCUCACUUGCUGCUUCCUCAGAGUCUUUAUUAACAGUGCCCAAAAGGACUGUUCAGUCGCUCUCUCCUCCUGCCACCAACGCGGCUGCAGUUAGCUCCUCAUCUUCUCCGACUCCUGUACAGAUUUCUGGCAGAUUAACAAGCACCAAACUGCCAGAUCUUCCACAAUCAGCGACGGCAGAAAAUGCUUCUCAGCACUUAGAAGAAAAGACACACCUCAAAUCUCAACCUGCACGGUCUUCAGCAUAUCGCUGCCAGCUGAAGCCUGGGAUGGAGAGAUCAAGAUCCCCUUCCCCACAGUUUGCUCCACAGAAGCUAACUGACAAGCCUCCUGUGGCUGUUCAGGACGACAGCCCCACAAGAAUUGAAAAAGUGAUGGAUAACAACACAACAGUAAAAAUGGUUCCAAUCAAGAUUGUACAUUCUGAGAGCCAUGCAGAAAAGGAAAGCAGGCAAAGUCUUGUGAGCACAGUAGAGCCCCCUGCUCUACCAAGUGGCUUGGAGAAAGACCAGAUUAAGACACUUAGCACUUCUGAGCAGUCCUACUCACGUUUUUGUGCUUACACAAGGCAAGGUGUGGAGUUGGAGCCUGAGAGCAAAACCAGGCCACCUUAUCUGCAACCUGCGGAAGCACCUGAGACCACCGUAAAGGUUAGUGAUGUUUCUGGCCAUACAGUCAGCUAUAUGAGAGCCAAAGAAAAGACAGCGGAAGACUGGAAAUCCGAAGAGUUAGCGAGAGAGAUUGUGGAUAAGGACAAAUCACUAGCUGAUAUCUUGGACCCAAGUGUGAAGAUAAAAACUACAAUGGACUUGAUGGUGGGAAUUUUCCCUAAAGAUGACCAUCUCCUGGAAGAAGCUCAGCAGCGCAGGAAACUUCUUUUAAAAGUUCCUUCACCGAAAGCUUCGGAGGACAAGAAAGAGGACCAGCCUUUGCCUCUAGCUAUUCCCUUGACAACCAGUUCUACUUACUAUAGCACAUCUGCACCCAAGGCAGAACUUCUGAUUAAAAUGAAGGACAUGCAGCAAGAGCAACAAAAAGAGGAGGAUUCCGAGGAUGAGCUAGACCAUGAUCUGUCUGAGAAGAAGCAAGAACUUAUAGAUAGCAUAAGUCGAAAACUUCAGGUCCUGCGAGAAGCUCGAGAGACACUGCUGGAAGACAUCCAAGCCAACAAUCUGCUUGGAGAGGAUGUGGAGGCCACUGUGAAAGAUGUCUGCAAGCCCAAUGAGUUUGACAAAUUCCGGAUGUUUAUUGGAGACCUAGACAAAGUGGUCAACCUCUUACUGUCCCUCUCUGGCCGGCUGGCUCGUGUAGAAAAUGCUUUGAAUAAUCUGGAUGAAAAUGCUUCUCCUGAAGAGCGGCGUAUCCUGGCAGACAAGCAGAAGUUGCUCACACAACAGCAUGAAGAUGCAAAGGAACUGAAGGAAAACCUCGACAGAAGGGAACGCAUUGUCUUUGACAUCUUGGCCAACUACCUGAGUGAUGAAAGCCUUGCUGAUUAUGAACACUUUGUCAAAAUGAAGUCAGCCCUCAUUAUAGAGCAGCGGGAGCUGGAGGACAAGAUCAAGCUUGGGGAGGAGCAACUCAAGUGUCUGACUGAGAGCCUUCAACCUGAAAGGCCCAAAUGACACUUGCCUCAUGUGGAAGCCUGGGAGGUCUUGGGCAGCCAUUAUGCAUAUGCAAUUUCUCUGGCCAUUGAGAACAGCUCCUCAAAAGAAUUAAGGUCACAAUAGCAAUAAUGUUGGGAUAUGUUUCUAAGUGCGUUUAUUUGCAUUUUUACAAAUACUUUGAAACUGCUUUGGGUUUCCUUUAUCACACAACCUUUAGAAGCCUCUGCAGAUGUUCAGUUCCAUGCAGUAGCUCAAUAUGUUAACUAAGUCAAUUGCAGUUUUAUAUGAAUGAGUGCAGGAGUGGUUGUUUUAAAGACAUGAUACAGGUCCGAUUUCUGUUCUCUUCAGAUCCAUACCUAUGGGUUGCAAUGGAUCCCUCGAAAAGUAACACUGAAGAUGUUUGGCCUUUUUAAGAGACUUUUGUUUAGGCUGGUAAGCUAUAUGCUAUAGGGGCAUAUUCAGAUUUACGCAUCUAGAUCCAUUUUUUAAAAGAAAUGUUGCAUAACAUCUGCCUUUUCAAAAAUUAUGUCAUAACUGUUUGGAUAAGUAAACCCUUUUAUCAAUCUAUAAUAAAACUACUUCCAAACACACUAGGAAAUUAUGUGUUUAUGUGGGAAUAUGAUUUUAAUGUGUCGGUGCAGUCUUCCCUAGUCCAGUGCCUUCCUUGCAUCUGAGGGUACCAGACUGGAGAAUUUUGGGGGCAAGAGGCAACAGUUUCAUUCAGCUCCUCUGCCUUGCAUGAAUGAAGUAACAAAAGACCUGACUUUAAUAUCUGCAGGUCACAACCAGGAUUCCUUUGUGCCUAGUUUCCAGGAUUUCAGGGUUUCAGAUACCAGAUUAAUAGGAUUUUUUUUACAAAGCUACCUGUUUUUUUAUAUUACAUGCAUCCUUUCCUUGGUGCUGACAACUCCAGCUUUUUCUUACCUCUGCAAGAAGCAUAGUAUUCUUGUUUUCCUUAUGUACUUCAGUUUUAUUCAUAGCUACACGACUCUUAGAUUUAAAGAAUGGCAGAGUGAGUGUCUUUUCACACAGACAAGUGACCAUGUAAUAGCAAAAGAGUUAAAUUUUACAGCUGACUGCUAGAAGCAGUGAAAUAUUAAUACUGCUGUCUUAAAAUAAAAAUUUUCACUGUCUGUUAAAAAAAAUACCCUUAAACCAUAUUUGAUGUUUAGAAGGAUGUCAUAACAAAUGCUAGUGAACUGAUCUGUCAUAUUUCCUUUCAUACAUUUCUGACAGAUGAAAGGAAACCUUAUUUUGUCUGUGAAAUCUGUUUUAAGUUGUAAUGAGAAUAACUGUUAUGCCAUUAUUUACUCAGCACUUCAGUCUUAAACCAAUCUGCCAUAGUACCCUCUUUGAGAUACAAGUCUGGUUUAGAUGAUAUCAAAAAGAGAGACCUUUUUUUCUGGAUACUUACAACUUAAUCUGAAUGUAAACAAGCACUAUAGGGCAAAUAUAAGCAGCACGCUUUGCUUUUGCUUUAAACAAAGGAUUUUCCUUCCAUUGUUCUCAUCAUUUGGGGAAAUAUAGCACAGAAGGAAAGAUGUUUAGGUGUUAAAGUUCUUGGUCUAAACACCACCACCGUCAAUGUCAGAAGUGCAGAGCUGGAAGGGACCCUAUGGAUCAUUGAAUCCAGCCCCUUGUUUCUGUGUAAUCAAGUAUUCCUUUGCAAGUAAACCUAUAGUGCUGUCCUGUGCAGUCUACUCAGGAGCAAGCCCUACUCAGUUCAAUGGGACUUACUGCCAGGUAAAAAUUCGAGCCUUAACUCUUAAGUGGAAGGUUCUUAAUUAUUCAUGUUCAUACACACUCCUUCAUGGGCCUGUAUUCUUUUAAAAGUCCUAGUCACACCAGCCCAAGCAUUUCUACUAGACCUCUGGCAAAUUCUCAUCAUUCCAACCAAUAUUAGAAUAAUAGUUCAAUUUUAUCUUAGGAUCCUUUUCCUGUUCUGUAAAUAUAUAGCCAAGUUAAACUACACUAUUUUUCACUUCAGUCAGAUGUCAUUUUUUACCUGUCUCCUUUUUUAUUUAAAAAAAUAUUGUAGCAGUUCUGAUUGUGUAUGUGAACUUUGAAUAUAACUUCAAUAAGUAUGCAGUACUUUGAAUUCCAUCAUAUAAUUCUUCUGAAGAUAGCAAUAUGGAAACUGAUGUGUAAAUUAUAUUAUCCUUUUCACAAUGUGGUAUUUAAUCUCCGCCUUCAACUUGCCUGACCCACUGUUAUUGUUUUUUUAAUUUGCUUUGUUGGCAAACUUUCUAAAAGGAGCCAGUAAAGGGAUUUUCCCUAUUGCUGUAUAUAAUUCUAUAAAUAACUCUAUUGUUGCUUUGUUAGACAGAGAAUCUGGUGCUAAUGGCAUUUGGCAUCUUCAGGUGGAGGAUUUUUUUCACCUUAUGGGUCAUUGCAAUUUUCAGACUUUUUGUAUAGUGAAAAAAUAUCUCUAAUUUUUUUCUACUAUCCCUUUCGAAUGUAGUAAAACAAAAACAAAACAACCCCUCCUCCGAGAUUUCUUAUUUGUUGCAUAUUUACCUACUGAUGAAUCAAUUGGCUUGACCAAGGGAAAUAAACUGAAUAUUGUGUUUCA